AUGAAUAUACACUGUAUAUUCAUUCACACAACACCAUACCCACACCGCCGUACCCACACCACCACACCCACACCACCAUACCCACACCGCCGUACCCACACCGCCGUACCCACAACACCGUACCCACACCGCCGUACCCACACCACCAUACCCACACCGCCGUACCCACACCGCCGUACCCACACCACCGUACCCACACCGCCGUACCCACACCGCCGUACCCACAACACCGUACCCACACCGCCGUACCCACACCACCAUACCCACACCGCCGUACCCACACCGCCGUACCCACACCGCCGUACCCACAACACCGUACCCACACCGCCGUACCCACACCACCAUACCCACACCGCCAUACCCACAACACCGUACCCACACCGCCGUACCCACACCACCAUACCCACACCACCAUACCCACACACCGCCAUACCCACACCACCAUACCCACACCGCCAUACCCACACCGCCGUACCCACACCACCAUACCCACAACACCGUACCCACAACACCAUACCCACACAGCCAUACCCACACCGCCGUACCCACACCGCCGUACCCACAACACCAUACCCACACCGCCGUACCCACACCGCCGUACCCACAACACCAUACCCACACUGCCGUACCCAUAACACCAUACCCACACCGCCAUACCCACACCGCCGUAUCCACAACACCAUACCCACACCGCCGUACCCACAACACCAUACCCACACCGCCGUACCCACAACACCAUACCCACACCGCCAUAUCCACUACACCAUACCCACACCACCGUGCCCACAACACCAUACCCACACCGCCGUACCCACAACACCAUACCCACACUGCCAUAUCCACUACACCAUACCCACACCGCCGUACCCACAACUCACUGUGUGGUCUUGGCUCACUGUGUGA